GCCUUCACGACACCUCGCGUCGUUCCAACACUUUGCAAAGCAUCAGCCCUCGUGGCCCAAACCCCGCUAGCUCACCUGCGCCGUGCUGCAUCCGAAAAACACCUCCUUUUCUCGCCUGUGAGAGCUGCUGGAUGCUAGCUGUGCUACCUUGCUAGCCGCACUAGCAUCUAACAGUUUUAAUUGUUUUCUCCUGGCUGUCGGUGUCUUCACUUGUUUCCACGAUUCCCGGGACGUUCGCAUCCACCGCUCCUCCGCCAUCUUGUGCCGCAUUCAUCAGCAACGAAUGUGUUUGCUUGAUCUUAACGUGCUCGCAUCGUGAACAGAAUCUGUUCUGUGAACAUCUUGUUCAUUGCAUGAAUGGAUGAACCGAUGGGCUUGAGAUCGAAAUGCAACUCCUCAAACAAGCGUGUCACACAUUAGCUGUCAUGGUUAUCUGGUUUGUUUUCAUUGAAUGGAGCCUCCUGAAGGAAAUGACUCAGAAACACCAGCAGAGUCCUUAGCUGGACCAAGUCAAGUCAAGGAAGAUAAUGCAGCCGCCACCACCGUUGCUGUCGCAAAGAGGACAGAGCACACAGGUGGUAUGUCAUCGACAUUGUCAUCACAACAGCCGAGUAAGGACGCUGCCCUGAACAAACCUGCUGCUGGCCACGCAGCAAAGUCUCUUCCUUCAACGUCCUCCUCUUCGUUGUCCUCCUCUCCCUCUACGUCAUCAACGCUGUCCCCUGGCCGAGCAAAGAUGAGCGUUUCUGGACCCGGUAGCAGUAAAUCCGUCCUUCCACCUGCUCCCUCCUCUUCCUCCUCCUCCUCCUCCUCGUCCUCUUCUUCCUCUGCCACAGCCUCCUCAUCUCCCUCAGUCUCCCCUGCCCCUACCAAGAUCCACCGAGCCCGCAAGACCAUGAACAGGCCACCACCAGCACAGAUUAGUCAUGGUGAAGCACCUGCUGCAUCUGUUAAUCCUUCAGGAUCCUCUACCUGCCUUCUCUCUGACUCUGAAACAGUCACUGUAAAAAGGAGAAAACUGGAUCACUUAUCUGAGAGCAGCGCUGAGAAGUCUGAGAACAUUCCUGAAAACACUGAAACUGUGGAGGAAACAUUAUUCCUUAAAAAGGUUGAGCCUGUUGCCAAGAGUACACCAGUGAAGAGCAAUGGCAGCGUGGAGAAGUUAGAAGAGGAAGCAGCCAAAAAUACGCAGAUUUCCAGCCCAUCCACACGAGAUUCAGAAAAGUUUGACGAUGUUGGGGGAGAAGAAAGGCAGCAUGCUACAGACAAAGAGGGGUCAGUGAACUUGUCAGAUCAUAGUUCAGAGUCUGAAACACAAAGAGCUGUCCAGAGCAGAAAUGAGAGCGAGGAGUCUUCAUGGCCACAGUCAGACCAGGACAAAGAGAGAAACAGUGCUGAUGUGGACGUGGUGGAGACAGUGGGGGGUGCAGGAAGGGCGGCAGAGUACACAGAGGUCCCCUUGGGUGCUCUGGACAUCGCUGCUGCCGACAGUCUGACCCUCUCUCCUCAUCACGACGGCAGUGAUGCAGGAGACACAGAGCGGCUGGAGGAGCUUCCUCUGUGCAGCUGCAGGAUGGAGGCUCCCCGCGUCGACAGCACCAGCCACCGAGUCAGCAAACAGUGCAGGGCCACCGAAAGCAUCAACGGAGAGCUGAGGGCUUGUACCAGUCACACUAUUAAAGGGGAGACCAUGCGUCCAUCCAGUCGGGUGCCCCUCAUGGUGCUUUGUGACGUUCAUCGUUCACACAUGGUCAAACACCACUGCUGUCCUGGCUGUGGAUACUUCUGCAUAGCGGGUACAUUUCUCGAGUGCUGCCCGGAUCAGCGUAUCGCUCACCGUUUCCACCGGGGUUGUGUGACUGUGCUGAGCGGAGGGCGCAGCAGGUCAAACGGUGGCGGGAUGCUCUUCUGUCCCCACUGCGGUGAAGACGCCUCAGAAGCCCAAGAGAUCACCAUCCCCUCCUUCAGCUCGGCCACUGCCUCCGCAACCACCGUCGUCACCAUGUUGGCCUCCUCCACCACCACCCCGUCUCUGCCACCGUCUGCCCCCACGGCACCCUCCCUCACAGCCUCCACAGGGGGGAUGAAGGACGGGAAAAUGCCUGAAAGACCUGUCAGUGCUCGUAUGCGUAGCAAUGGUUUGGUAACGCUGGCGGUGGAGCAGCAGCAGCCUCCACAGCCUGUAGCCUCUGCAGCGACUGUAGCCACAGUCCCCCCAGCAGAGGAGGGAGUGGACAGUGUGGGACCCUCACUCUGCAUGCCAAAUGGGAAACCCAUCAGCCCCAGUGCACUUCCACCUGGGCCCAGCAGGGCGGCGCUGCAGAAGGCCAUCCUAACACAGGACACAGAGAGGAGGAAGAAACUUCGGUUCCACCCUCGCCAGCUCUACCCCGCUGCCAAGCAAGGAGAGGUGCAGAGAGUUCUGCUGAUGCUGAUGGAGGGUAUAGAUCCAACGUAUCAGCCUGACUCUCAGAACAGACGCUCUGCUCUACACGCUGCGGCUCAAAGAGGUCUGCUGGAAGUCUGCUACAUGCUGGUGCAGGCUGGAGCUCAUGUCGAUGCCCAAGACAAAGACCUGAGGACUCCUCUUGUGGAAGCGAUCAUCAAUAAUCACAUCGAGGUGGCUCGCUACCUGGUCCAGAACAGUGCCUGCGUCUAUCAUGUUGAGGAGGAUGGAUACACUGGCCUCCACCACGCAGCCAAACAGGGAAACCUAGAAAUGGUCAGCAUGCUGCUGGAGACGGGGCAGGUUGAUGUGAAUGCACAGGAUAGCGGUGGGUGGACGCCGAUCAUUUGGGCUGCAGAGCACAAACAUGUUGACGUGAUCAAAGUGCUGCUCAACAGAGGAGCUGACGUCACCAUCAAUGAUAAGUCCCCGCUUUCCCUCCAGGAGUUGAACGUGUGUCUCCACUGGGCGGCGUACGCGGGGAACGUGGACAUCGCGGAGCUGGUGUUGAACGCCGGUUGUUCCCUGGCGUCAGUUAACAUGCACGGAGACACGCCGCUCCACAUCGCCGCCAGAGAGGGAUACUUAGAAUGUGUUACGUUGUUUCUCUCCAGAGGUGCAGAUAUUGACGUCAUGAACAGGGAAGGAGACACCCCUCUCACCCUCGCACGGGUCGAUACACCAGUGUGGGUCGCACUCCAGAUCAACAGGAAGCUGCGGAGGGGAAUAACCAAUCGCAUGCUUCGGACUGAAAGAAUCAUCUGCAGUGAUGUUGCCCAGGGUUACGAGAACGUACCGAUUCCCUGUGUGAAUGCAGUGGAUGAUGAGGGCUGUCCUUCAGACUACAAAUAUGUUUCAGAAAACUGUGAAACGUCAGCAAUGAACAUAGACCGCAACAUUACGCACUUACAGCACUGUAGCUGCACCGAUGACUGCUCUUCUAGUAACUGCCUUUGCGGACAGCUCAGCAUCCGGUGCUGGUACGACAAGGACCAGCGGCUGCUCCAAGAGUUCAACAAAAUCGAACCUCCUCUUAUAUUCGAAUGCAACAUGGCGUGUUCCUGUUAUCGAACAUGCAAGAACAGGGUGGUUCAGGCCGGCAUCAAAGUCCGUCUUCAGCUCUACAGGACAGAGAAGAUGGGAUGGGGCGUCCGAGCCCUGCAGGAUAUUCCCCAGGGAAGCUUCAUCUGCGAAUACGUCGGAGAGCUGAUCUCUGAUGCAGAGGCAGACGUCAGAGAAGACGAUUCUUAUCUUUUCGACCUGGACAACAAGGACGGGGAGGUGUAUUGUAUCGAUGCCCGGUACUACGGCAACAUCAGCCGCUUCAUCAACCACCUGUGUGACCCCAACCUCAUUCCAGUGCGUGUGUUCAUGCUGCACCAGGACCUGAGAUUCCCCCGCAUCGCCUUCUUCAGCUCCAGAGACAUUCUCAGUGGACAAGAGCUCGGGUUUGACUAUGGAGAUCGCUUCUGGGACAUAAAGAGCAAGUACUUCACCUGUCAGUGUGGAUCAGAGAAAUGCAAACACUCGGCGGAGGCCAUCGCCUUGGAGCAGAGCAGGCUGGCUCGGCUGGAGGCCUGCCCAGAAUCGGGAGCUGACUUUGGGAUGACCAUGCUGGGAAACUCUUAAAACACUCAACCACGGGGCCUUUGGAUUUGCCUCUUCAUUUUUUCUUGUGCACAUUGGCAGUGGAAAAACACCAUUAUGUUUUUUUUCAUGUUUAAAAUUCUGUAUUUGAUGCAUGGUGCUGUUUUUUCGACUCGUGAUAUUCUUUGAGGACACGCGCCUUAACAUUUUUAACGUUGUGUGUAUUAUGUCUGAAGAACACAGAAGGUCUUGUGAUCCUGUACGUACAGUAUUUUUACUGUAUCUCACUCUGAACAUUUGCCUUGACACAUGAAGUUUGUGCAUUAGGACUCUGCCAACAUAUAACAUGUAUUUUCUGUCGCGCCAACAAACACAAAGUUUUCUUGCCACAGUGCUUAAUGAGUGGGCCUCCAGCUCAUACUGGACUCAAUGAGGACCUGAGAGACGGUGUUGUUUUGGAUGACUGUGUUAGCUAUAUUUUCUUUAUUUUUAUACAUUUGUUCUUUUGUCACAUCUAGUGUAAUAAAUUAGCUCAUGAGUUGAUCUUUGGGCUCUUGUAAUAA